AUGGCAACUAAAAACGACAAAACGAUCAACGUGAAAUGGUCACAUAAUGGUGCCUAUCGACGAUUCCAGAUAUCGGGCGCAGAUGAUGUUGACAUUUAUGAGGCACUUCUCCAGAAAGUCCGCUCGAUAAUACCGGAUUUUAAUGACUGCUUCGCUUGGAACGAUGAGGAUGGUGAUGAGAUAGUGUUUUCGAGUUAUGCUGAGAUGAAAGAGGCACUCGCGCUUCCACUCAAUCAGAAUCUGUUCCGUAUUUAUACUGUCGCAAAACCAUCUACCCAACCCAGGGAAGCCGAGGAUAAUAAGGAUCAAACUAAGGAGGAAAAGCGAGCUAAAGUAGUGCACAAUGGAGUUGUGUGUGAUGAAUGUGACAAAGAGGUGGUCGGGAUUCGUUACAAGUGUGCGGUUUGUGAUGAUUACGAUUUAUGCGAAGAGUGUGAACGAAAAGGCAAACAUUCACAACACUCAAUGAUCAGAUAUGCCACACCGAAUAUGCCGGUUGGUGAUUCAAUGUUGACGAUUUGUUUGUUCUCAGUUCAUGUUUUCUGGGUCAUUUUUAUUUAG